CUGACUCCGCCACAGUCAGCUGAUAAAAGUCGGUUGUUCUGUGCACAAUAAGUCGAAGUGCUCGGUCAUCGUCGGGUCCAUGGUUUUAUAGUUCAGCAACUGCCAUAAUGAGGAGUUUAUUCCUGGUCGUUUUUGCGGCUUUAGCUCUGAGCAGCGACGCUCUUGUCCGAAUUCCCUUAAAGAAGUUCCGUUCCAUCAGGCGCGAGUUGACCGACUCAGGGACAAGACUAGAGGAGCUUCUGGCCGACAAACACUCCCUUAAGUACAACUUUGGCUUCCCCUCCAGUAAUGGACCCACUCCAGAAACCCUGAAGAACUACCUUGACGCCCAGUAUUAUGGUGACAUUUCCCUGGGUACCCCUCCUCAGACCUUCAGUGUGGUGUUUGACACUGGUUCCUCCAACCUGUGGGUGCCCUCCGUUCACUGCUCCCUCUUAGACAUUGCAUGCUUAUGAUACAAUCUAUUUUUGCAGUGCUCCAUCCACAAAUAUAAUUCUGCCAAGUCCAGCACAUACGUGAAGAACGGCACUGCCUUUGCCAUCCAGUAUGGAUCAGGCAGUUUGUCAGGCUACCUCAGUGAGGACACAUGCACGAUUGGAGACAUUUCAGUGGAAAAGCAGCUUUUUGGAGAAGCCAUCAAGCAGCCUGGUGUGGCCUUUAUCGCAGCCAAGUUUGAUGGGAUCCUCGGCAUGGCCUACCCACGCAUCUCUGUGGACGGGGUGGUACCGGUCUUUGACAACAUCAUGAGCCAGAAGAAGGUGGAGCAGAACGUCUUCUCCUUCUACCUGAACAGGAACCCAGACACAGCGCCUGGCGGUGAGCUGCUGCUGGGAGGAACCGACCCCAAGUACUACACCGGUGACUUCAACUACGUCAACAUCACACGCCAGGCCUACUGGCAGAUCCACAUGGACGAGUUAGUUGUGGGCACUCAGCUGAGCCUGUGUAAGGGUGGCUGCGAGGCCAUCGUUGACACUGGGACGUCUCUGAUCACCGGCCCCUCUGCCGAGGUCAAGGCCCUGCAGAAAGCCAUCGGAGCCAUCCCACUCAUCCAGGGAGAGUACAUGGUAAACUGUGACAAGGUCCCAUCACUGCCCGUUAUCACCUUCAACGUAGGCGGACAGAGCUACAGUCUGACCGGAGAGCAGUACAUCCUCAAGGAGAGUCAGGCUGGAAAGACCAUUUGUCUGAGUGGCUUCAUGGGUCUGGAUAUUCCCGCCCCCGCAGGGCCCCUGUGGAUUCUGGGAGAUGUAUUCAUCGGUCAGUACUAUACUGUCUUUGACCGAGACAACAACAGAGUGGGCUUUGCUAAAUCCAAGUAAGCACAUCCUGCACCAGAGCAACAUGUUGAAGAGCAAAGCUACAAAUCCAAGUUAUGAGAGACAAAAAUCUGAGCUGCACAUGUUUUCUGUUGCUUUGCAAUCAAACAGUAUUUAGCAAUAGAUUUUGUGUAGUCUAAAUGCACUGAUUUACAGCAGCGUGUGUGAAACAGAUUGGAGAGUUGAUAGGUUGUGUGGUGGGUGUAUAUGAUCAGGGAUCGGUUGAUUGUAUUGGUACUGCCCUUUCAAACGUUCAAAUUAUUUGUUUUUUAAAUCAGGGAUUUGUUUUAAACAGAAUACUUUUAAUUUGCAUUUUAGGAGGAAGUUGGUCCUCCACUACUGAGUUUGUCAUGUAUCUUAAUGUGAUUGGCCUCAAUAAACACUUUUUAAAAGAUAA